UGUUGUGAUGACUCAUUUCAUAAAUAAUAAAAAAAAAUUCAUCUAAUAAAAUUCAAGUUGCGAUAAAAAGUUAAAAAAAAUCAUAUUAAAAUUAAAAAUUUUUUAAACCAAACAAAACCAUGGAUGAAGAACUUUCUAAAGAAUUCGACUUGGUUGUUGUAGGAACUGGAUUCACCGAAUCUGCCGUAGCAGCUGCUGCAAGUCGCAUUGGCAAAACAGUCCUCCAUGUCGAUCCAAAUGAUUUCUAUGGCAGUUGUUGGGCUUCAUUUAAUUUGGAAAACUUUCAAUCAUUCCUUGCAAAUAACAUUACCACAGAAACAAAUGAAAUUGCAUUUACCAAACAAAAUUGGUUAAUUCCUACGUCAUCUGAAGAAGAACAAGUCGACAAUGACAACCAAAUACCAUCAACUAACGAAGACAAUUGGACUCAAUCAAAAAUAUUAAAGAAUUCCCGUAAAUUUAACAUCGAUUUAACACCAAAACUAUUAUUUUCUGCUGGCAAACUCGUUGAGUUACUAGUCUCUUCGAAUAUUUGUCGUUACGCCGAAUUUCGUGCUAUCGAUCGAAUCUCAACACUCUACAACGGAGAGUUGUUGAAUGUGCCUUCUUCUCGAACUGAUGUCUUUAACACAAAAGACCUCUCGAUUGUUGAGAAACGUCUUUUGAUGAAACUCCUUACAAGUUGUAUGGGUUUCGAUGAUAAGUCUGAAGAAUUCCUCAAAUAUCAAGAUAAGACAUUUCUUGAAUAUUUGCAGGCUAACAAACUUACUGAAAAGAUUAUUCAUUGUGUAAUGAAUUCAAUUGCCAUGUGCAAUGAGACAACUCCACUCAAUGAAGGAGUUGAAAAGAUGAAAAACUAUUUACAAAGUUUAGGUAGAUAUGGAAAUAGUCCUUUUCUAUUUCCAAUGUAUGGAUGUGGUGAAAUACCACAAUGCUUUUGUCGAUUGUGUGCUGUAUUUGGUGGGACUUAUUGUUUAAAGAGAAAAGUUAAUGUUGUUUCAACGAAAGAAGAUGCAAUUACUUUACAAGUUGAUGGGCAUAUUUUAGAUGCAAAACAUUUAGUUGUAUCGAGUGGAAGUAUGCCGCAGGGAGUUAUUCCAAGUAAUUGUUUGAUUGAAGGACAACAUAAAUGUGGUAAUUUAGUUCGAGGUGUUUAUAUUACUUCGACUCCGAUUGGUAAUGAAGAUCAGAAUUCGGGUGGCGGUGGAGUGAAUGUAAUAAGACUGAUUGACAGCGCGGAUAGUAGCAGAGGAGCGAUUUUACUUCAACUGUCGCAUUAUUCUGGAACAUGUCCCAAAGGAUUAUAUUUGAUUCACAUCACUGCUGAGGCUAUAUCUAAUGAUCCUGAAGCUGAUUUAGAACCAUUUGCUAAACAAGUAUUCAAUAACGAGAUCGCAGGUUCUCCAAAAUUACUCUUUGCAGCUUAUUUCCUUAUUAAACGAUGCAAAAUAUGUCAACAAACUGAAACCACUUCGGUAAAUCAAAUUCCUAGAUUGCUAUCGACAUGUGGACCAUUCUUCGAAAUUGAUUAUGAUUCAUCUAUUCAAAAUGCUAAAGAUGUUUUCGAUAGAAUUUAUCCAAAUGAAUCAUUCCUUCCCAGAGCUCCCGAUCCAGAGGAGAUUAUUAUUGGAGAUGAAGAUCCUGUUGCAUUGGCAGAACAUACUUUGGCUGAGGAUCUUAAGCAACAUAUGCAUGCUAUCGAAGGUGGAAUGGAAUCAAUGGAUGUAUGUGAAGAAAAUGCAGGAGAUGCAUAAGGAGAUGCAAAUUUAUACAUUUUUUUUUUUAAAUUUGUUUUACUUUUUUAUGAUGAUAAUGAUGAAUAAUUAACAGAUUGAAAUUGAAAUUUCAGUAUCUGUUUAGCUUUAUAAAUUAUGUACUAAGCUUACACUCUUAUUAUAUACACGACUUAUAUAAAUAUAAAGUAUACACUAAACGACACAAUAAAUAAUAUAUACAAAGUA